ACAUCCUGCGCGAGUGGGACGCCGCCGUCGCGGCACGCAAGGCGGUGGGCAAGGCGGCGGACCUCGGCAGCUGCACGACGCACCCGGUGGAGCUCAUGAAUGCCGAGCCCGUGAGGAAGAAGACAGGAGCAGCGGCAGCAACGGCUGCGGCGAAGAAUUAGCCCAACACCGCAAGGGGGAGGGAGAGAGAAAAUGGGAGUGGUGGAGGCGCGGUGGAUUCCUCGCCUGCUGCUAUGGUGCCACCGCCACCACAGAAGCAACACCUACUACUACUACUACUACUACUACUACUACUACUACUAAAAUCACAUUCAAAAUAACGUGCUUCUCUCAUGAGUGA